GACAACAGGAGAAGUAGCUUCUGGAGUUGUAAAUAAAGUGUUCAAUCAACCAAAAGCCAGAGCGAAAGAGCUAGGUUUGGAUAUAUGUUUAAUGUAUAUAGAAAUUGAGAAAGGGGAGGCAGUACAAGAAGAAUUACUAAAGGGUCUGGACAACAAAAACCCCAAAAUCAUAGUAGCAUGCAUAGAGACACUGAGGAAAGCACUAAGUGAAUUUGGUUCCAAAAUAAUCUCACUGAAGCCAAUCAUUAAAGUAUUGCCAAAACUGUUUGAGUCUCGGGAAAAGGCUGUUCGAGAUGAAGCCAAACUCCUUGCUGUGGAGAUCUACCGUUGGAUAAGGGAUGCUCUGAGACCUCCGUUGCAGAACAUAAAUUCUGUUCAGUUAAAAGAACUGGAAGAAGAGUGGGUCAAAGUGUCAUCAACUGCUCCUCGGCAGACCAGGUUCCUGCGUUCCCAACAGGAGCUGAAAGCAAAAUUUGAGCAGCAGCAGGCAGUUGGAGGAGAUGCAGAUGGAGGAGGUGAUGAUGAGGAGGAAGCAGUACCACAAGUAGAUGCGUAUGAAUUGCUUGAAGCUGUAGAAAUUCUUUCCAAGCUUCCCAAAGACUUCUAUGAGAAAAUAGAAGCAAAAAAGUGGCAAGAAAGGAAAGAAGCUCUAGAAGCUGUUGAACUGCUGGUGAAAAAUCCCAAAUUGGAAUCUGGAGACUAUGCAGACUUGGUGAAAGUUCUCAAAAAGGUUGUUGGGAAGGAUACAAAUGUUAUGCUAGUUGCUUUGGCUGCCAAAUGCCUUGCUGGACUAGCUUCUGGCCUCAGAAAGAAAUUUGGACAGUAUGCAGGGCAUGUUGUUCCAACAAUCCUGGAGAAAUUUAAAGAGAAGAAGCCUCAGGUAGUGCAGGCACUGCAGGAGGCCAUUGAUGCUAUCUUUCUUACAACCACGUUGCAGAACAUAAGUGAAGAUAUCUUGGCAGUGAUGGACAACAAAAACCCGACAAUUAAGCAGCAAACAUCCCUUUUCAUUGCAAGAAGCUUCCGUCACUGCACACCUUCUACUCUGCCAAAAAGCCUGUUAAAACCUUUCUGUGCUGCACUUCUCAAGCAUAUCAAUGAUUCCGCUCCUGAAGUAAGAGAUGCUGGAUUUGAGGCAUUAGGCACUGCCUUGAAAGUGGCUGGAGAGAAAGCUGUGAAUCCUUUUCUAGCAGAUGUAGACAAACUAAAGCUUGACCGGAUUAAAGAGUGUGCGGAGAAGGUAGAACUGGUUUAUGGUAAAAAGACAGGAGGAGCUGCGGAGAAAAGAGAAGGCAAGCCUAUUACUGGAAAGACCCCUGCUCUUUCAGGAACUGGUGGAGAUAAAGAAACAAAAGAUGCAGCAUCCAAACCAGGACCACUGAAAAAACCACCUGCUGUGAAGUCUGGGGGCCCAUCCAAGAAAGGCAAACCAUCCGCAGCUGCAGGUGUGGGAGGAGCUGGGGCUAAAGGCAAGAAGGUUCCUGAGACCAAAGAAAUAUUUGAAUCAGAGCUCUCUAUAGAAGUAUGUGAAGAGAAAGCUGCUGCUGUCCUUCCAGCUUCUUGUAUCCAGCAGUUAGACAGUGGUAACUGGAAAGAGAGGCUUGCCUGCAUGGAGGAGUUUCAGAAGGCUGUUGAGCUUAUGGAGAGAACUGAAAUGCCUUGCCAAGCUCUGGUAAGAAUGCUGGCCAAGAAACCUGGUUGGAAGGAAACAAAUUUUCAGGUGAUGCAGAUGAAGCUUCACAUAGUUGCAUUGAUUGCACAGAAAGGAAACUUCUCCAAAACUUCAGCCCAGGUUGUGCUGGAUGGUCUAGUAGACAAGGUUGGUGAUGUGAAAUGUGGGAGUAAUGCAAAAGAAGCCAUGACAGCAAUAGCAGAGGCGUGUCAGUUGCCAUGGACUGCUGAGCAGGUUGUGACUAUGGCUUUCUCACAAAAGAAUCCUAAAAACCAGUCAGAAACUUUGAACUGGCUUUCAAAUGCAAUUAAAGAGUUUGGUUUCUCUGGGCUGAAUGUCAAGGCUUUCAUCAGUAAUGUAAAGACAGCUCUUGCUGCAACUAACCCAGCUGUAAGGACUUCUGCCAUUACCUUGCUUGGAGUCAUGUAUCUUUAUGUGGGACCUCCUUUGCGAAUGUUUUUUGAGGAUGAGAAGCCUGCCCUUCUCUCCCAGAUAGAUGCAGAAUUUGAAAAGAUGCAAGGGCAGACAGCACCAGCCCCAACUCGUGGCAUUUCCAGGCACAGUGGGGGAGGUGGAGAUGAUGGUGAGGAAGAGGAGCAGGAGGAAGUUGGGAAUGACGUUGUGGAUCUCUUGCCAAGAACAGAUAUUGGUGAUAAGAUCACAGCUGAACUAGUGUCUAAGAUUGGGGACAAAAACUGGAAGAUCAGAAAAGAAGGUCUAGAUGAAGUGACAAGCAUAAUAAAUGAUGCUAAGUUCAUCCAGCCAAACAUAGGAGAACUUCCAGCUGCUUUGAAGAGUCGUCUCAAUGACUCCAAUAAAAUCUUGGUGCAACAAACGCUGAGUAUUCUUCAGCAGCUGGCAACAGCAAUGGGCCCCAAUAUUAAACAGCAUGUGAAAAAUUUGGGCAUUCCCGUCAUUACAGUCCUAGGAGACAGUAAGAAUAACGUUCGUGCUGCUGCACUAGCUACUGUGAACGCCUGGGCUGAACAAACUGGCAUGAAAGAGUGGUUGGAAGGGGAAGACCUGUCUGAGGAGCUCAAAAAAGAAAAUCCUUUCUUAAGACAAGAGCUUCUUGGUUGGUUGGCUGAGAAAUUGCCUACCCUCCGUUCUGUUCCUUCUGACCUACUCUUGUGUGUGCCUCACCUGUACUCCUGCCUUGAAGAUCGAAAUGGGGAUGUGCGUAAGAAGGCGCAGGAUGCCCUCCCGUUCUUUAUGAUGCAUCUUGGCUUUGAGAAGAUGGCAAAAGCCACCAGCAAACUGAAGCCGACUUCCAAAGACCAGGUACUGGUCAUGCUUGAAAAAGCCAAAGCCAACAUGCCAGCCAAGCCAGCUCCUCCUGCUAAAGCAUCUUCCAGAGUUCUAGGGGGAACAGCUCCAGCCAAAUUCCAACCUGCAUCAGCUCUUGCUGAGGAUUCCAAUACCAUGGAAUCCAAGCCGGAUCCCAAAAAAGCCAAAGCAGGAGCAGCCUCCUCUAAAGCUAAGGGUGUACAGGGGAAGAAAGUGCUAAGCAAGCCUAAUUUAAAGGAAGACGAUGAUAAAUCAGGUCCUAUUUUUAUCAUAGUCCCAAAUGGGAAAGAACAGAGGAUGAAAGAUGAGAAAGGACUGAAGGUGUUGAAGUGGAAUUUCACUACACCCCGUGAUGAAUAUAUUGAGCAGCUAAAAACUCAGAUGUCCAGUUGUGUGGCCAAGUGGCUACAGGAUGAGAUGUUUCAUGCAGACUUUCAGCACCACAACAAAGCACUGGCUGUUAUGAUUGAGCACUUGGAGAGUGAAAAAGAUGGAGUCAUCAGCUGCCUGGAUCUGGUUUUAAAAUGGCUUACCCUGCGGUUCUUUGAUACCAACACAAGUGUUUUGAUGAAAGCACUUGAAUACCUUAAAUUGCUUUUCAAUUUGCUGAGUCAAGAAGAGUAUCACCUUACUGAAAAUGAAGCAUCCUCUUUCAUCCCAUAUCUUAUUCUAAAGGUAGGAGAACCGAAAGAUGUCAUCCGCAAGGAUGUGCGUGCCAUUCUGAAUAGGAUGUGUCUCAUCUAUCCAGCCAGCAAGAUGUUCACUUUCAUCAUGGAGGGGACAAAAUCCAAAAACUCCAAACAGCGUGCAGAAUGCCUGGAAGAGCUUGGAUGUCUGGUUGAAUCGUAUGGCAUGAAUGUAUGCCAGCCAACUCCAGGGAAAGCCUUAAAAGAAAUGGCAACUCAUAUCGGUGACAGGGACAACACUGUGCGCAACGCUGCGCUGAACACCAUUGUGACUGUCUAUAAUGUCCAUGGUGAUCAAGUGUUCAAGCUGAUUGGAAACCUUUCUGAGAAAGACAUGAGCAUGCUGGAGGAGAGAAUAAAACGGUCAGCCAAGAGACCAUCUGCUGCUCCAGUGAGACAGGCAGAGGAGAAACCUCAGCGGACUCAAAACAUCAGCGCUAAUGCUGGCAUGCUGCGGAAGGGACCAGCUGAGGAUAUGUCCUCCAAACUCAACCAAAAUCGCAACAUGGGUAGUCACUCUGAGACAGCGCAUACAGUCCCGCGGGAAUUUCAGCUGGAUCUGGAUGAAAUCGAAAAUGACAACGGUACUGUGAGAUGUGAGAUGCCAGCACUCGUACAGCACAAACUAGAUGACAUCUUUGAGCCAGUCUUGAUUCCUGAGCCCAAAAUCCGUGCUGUGUCCCCACACUUUGAUGACAUGCACAGUAACACAGCUUCUACUAUCAACUUUGUCAUUUCCCAAGUAGCCAGUGGUGACAUCAAUACGAGCAUCCAGGCUCUGGCACAGAUUGAUGAGGUUCUCAGACAGGAGGACAAAGCAGAAGCUAUGUCUGGCCACAUCGACCAAUUCCUAAUAGCUACGUUUAUGCAGCUUCGGCUCAUCUACAAUACACACAUGGCAGAUGAGAAGCUAGACAAAGAUGACAUAGUGAAACUUUACAGCUGUAUUAUUGGGAGCAUGAUCUCGCUGUUUCAGAUAGAGAGUCUGGCUCGAGAGGCCUCCACUGGUGUUCUGAAGGACCUAAUGCAUGGUCUUAUUACAUUAAUGCUGGAUUCUCGGGUUGAAGACCUGGAGGAGGGUGAGCAGGUCAUCCGAUCAGUCAACCUUUUGGUAGUGAAAGUUCUGGAGAAGUCUGACCAGACCAACAUCUUGAGUGCUCUGCUUGUUUUGCUCCAAGACAGUCUGCUAGCAACAGCCAGCUCUCCUAAGUUUUCAGAACUUGUCAUGAAGUGUCUGUGGAGAAUGGUGCGCCUCCUUCCGGAAACCAUUAAUAGCAUUAAUCUGGAUCGGAUUCUACUGGAUAUCCACAUUUUCAUGAAGGUCUUUCCCAAAGAGAAGCUGAAACAAUGUAAGAGUGAGUUUCCUAUAAGGACACUGAAGACUCUGCUUCACACCCUGUGCAAGCUGAAAGGGCCCAAGAUCUUAGAUCAUUUAACAAUGAUAGACAACAAAAACGAGUCUGAGCUGGAGGCUCACCUGUGUAGAGUAGUGAAGCACUCUAUGGACCAGACUGGAAGCAAAACGGAUAAGGAUACAGAAAAAGGGGCUUCUCGCAUAGAGGAAAAGGCUUCAAAGGCCAAAGUUAAUGAUAUUUUGGCAGAAAUAUUUAAGAAGAUUGGCUCCAAGGAGAACACUAAGGAGGGUCUGGCAGAGCUGUAUGAAUACAAAAAAAAAUACUCUGAUGCAGACAUUGAGCCCUUCCUGAAAAACUCCUCUCAGUUCUUCCAGAGCUAUGUGGAAAGAGGCCUCCGGCUGAUAGAAACAGAACGGGAGGGGAAAGGACGCAUUGCUGCUUCUACAGGAAUUUCUCCUCAGAUGGAAGGAACGUGUGUUCCUGCUUCUACCCACACUAUAUCUUCAUCUAUAGGAAACACAAAUGGGGAGGAAGUGGGCCCUUCAGUUUACUUGGAAAGAUUAAAAAUCCUCAGGCAGCGUUGUGGCCUUGACAACGCAAAGCAGGAAGACAGACCACCUCUGACAUCUCUGCUUUCUAAACCAGCACUCCCUACAGUUGCAUCCUCUACAGAUAUGCUUCACAGUAAGCUCUCCCAGCUCCGUGAGUCACGGGAGCAGUACCAACAUCUGGACCUGGACUCCAAUCAGACUCAUUCCUCUGGCAUUGGAACUACCCUGGCUUCACCCUCUUCUGCAGCAGCUAAUAUCGAUGACUUGAAAAAAAGAUUGGAGAGAAUAAAAAGCAGUCGCAAGUAGAGAUGCAAAAGAGACAGCAUUGCUGUUCCUUGGGCUGUCUUCAGCUUUAGUUUACUAAACUAGAAGUCUUCAUAGUAAAAUGGCCUCGUUCAGGCCUAAUGUAUACAAACUGGUUUAUGUAUAAUACAGUGGAUUUUGGGAGGUCGAGUCAUUGUGCACAAGUAUUUGUACAUAAUCUGCUUCUUGGUGAGCAUCUCUGACAAUAGAAGGCUGUCUGUGUAUUAGUUUAGUGUACAGACCUGUCAACAACCAUCCUCUUGCUCAGACUAGUUUCUCAUAACUUGUUUGGUUUUUUUAUUUGUAAAAUUGUCUUUAAGAUCUUUUCCUAGUUCUUAACUCUUAGAAGAACUUUAGUGAUUUCGCUUUUAAUUUUGUGAAUUCUUCUCCAUGUAAUCCUUGAACUGUUGAUUCUGUAUGGACACAUGGCAUGAAGUAACUAAUUUAAGUGUCUUUUGUAAAUAAAGUUUGCAUUAACUAUA